CAGCGGAGGGCGUUGGCUGGCAGGGUAGCAGAAAACAUCAGAACCGAAAACAGCAGUGACCUGUGUGGUACACGACAGGCAGCUAAGGCAGGACUUGAACUCAGGUUGUUUUGGCUCCAGAGACUGGAUGCUUAACUGCUGUAUCUACUGCCUCCCAGUAUAACUGAGAGAAUUUAGAAUGGCUCAAUUUUUUUUAAACCAGUUUUGGAAAAGAACUUAGAGCGUAGGACCUGGUGAUGGUGGAUCAAUGGCUCGUGAUGACGAACCACCAAAGAAUAGAUUGAAGCACUUAGCCAGGGUUUGUUCUGCCAUCAGCCAUUUGUGGACUGUUGGUUAUAUCACUUCAUCAGCCACUCCUGCUGGUUGUAAAAGCAUAGGGUUGUACAAGGAAUAUUAGCUAAGCUUUUGCUUUUUUGUAUUUGGGUUUCUCUUACAGGCCUUGUGCUAGUGACCCUGCUUCAGUGCUGUUGUCCGUGAGGAUCUUCUCCCUUCAUUGCCACGCUCCCAGAGUGACACAUUUCUUUUGCCUCGGGUUAUAGCAAAAUGAAGACAGAAGAACCAGAACUCUGGGAGACCAUUGCCUGGACAUAUGGAAUCCAGAGCUUAGCAAAAUGAAGAUGGGUGUCACUGGACAGCACUUAAACUUCCAACAGUAUGCUGCUAGGAUCCAGUCCAGGAUGCCACAUCACAUUGCUCUGGUGUCUCCUUAAGUUCCUGUUGACUGUGACAGUUUCUCAGAAUUUCUUUGCUUAGAUGAUCUUGAAAUUAUUGAGGAGUAUUACUCAGGAAUAAUUUCUAUGCGACCCAGUAUAUGUUCUCCUUUGAUAUCACAACACAGAAGCUAUGAGUGACAUCAUUGCCCUGUACUGGAGAAGCACUAGGGGGUCUCUAUACAGUUUCUGCUGAUGCUGCCUUCAUCCAUGCCUGUGAAUGGAAUCCUCAUUCUGUAGCUGCUCUGAGAAAGAAAAUCUAGAGAUGAAUGGAGUAGCUGAUUGGUGCCAAAUAUAAUUUGAGGAUAACAGGAAGGAGAAAUUAAGACUUUCCCAGAUGAGAGCUGAAGGAGUUUAUCACCACUUAAAACACCUGUCCUGCAAGAAAUGCUGAAGGCAGUCCUUCAGGUUAAGGCUUUAUUCCCAUAUACCCUUGGCUACACAUUAAAAACAGCCUCAAGAUUAUCAAGCAGGAGUGUAAAGAGAACCACAAGGAGAAUUUUAGAAGAAAGAAGCAGGGAUUAAACCCAGGUGAAGAGAUGUGCAGACAGUCGCUCCUUCUCAAGCAUGAUCCUGUUGGACUACAGUGCCCCUAACAGAAAUACACCAAAGAAAGAUGGUCCUACUCAAGUGUGAAGAAUCAAAGAGUUAACUAGACUUGGAGUGGAUCCCAAACUACUUUUUCCUUUUUAAGUUUGACUGAAGCAAACUAGAUGUUGAAAGAAUGAGAAGAUAUCUUCUGCCUUGAGAAUUUGAUUUUUAUGUGCGUUGAGAACCGAAGCAUCCUAGCAUGGUGUAAUAGAAGGGCAUUGGAUAUAAGUACUUAUUUCUUCAUUUGGCAUUAAUGUGUGACCUAAUUCUCGGAGACACAGUUUCCUCAUCUGUAAAGUGGAGAUAGUAACGGUGCCUAAUUUAUAUUGCUAUUGUGAAGAUUAAAAGACAUAAUGCAUGUAAAGCACUUUAUACAGUAUUUGGCAUAUGGAAAUAGCUCAACAAAUGUUCAUUGGUCUUUCUUUUUCCACUUGUACAGAAGCUGGUCUAGUGCACUUAGCCUGGGUCAAAAAUCAUGGCUCUAAAGAGUUCUCUGAAUUAGUUAAAGCCCUUUGGGCUGUAUGUAGGAUGGCUCAUCUCUCUGUAAGUAUAUUCCCAAAUAUGGGUUUUAGCGUACAUUCAGAUGUGGUUUUGCUCAUCCAGCAAAACCCUAGACCACAAGAACUUUAUUUUUAUGAUUCCUUUUCCUCCUCAUUAUUAUCUUAGACUCCAGAAGACAGGGCUGAAUUUCACAGGCAUCUCUGUAAUUCAGGUUAAGAGACAUAAGGCUAGAAAGUCCAUCAUAGCUGGACUUUGGGCUUUGCUUGCCCUCGGGCAGGGUUUCUUAGCCUCCACAAUACUGACAUUUUCAUCUGGAUACUUCUCUGUUGCGUGUGGGGUGCUGUACUGUGCACUACAGGAUGUUUAGCAGCAUCCCUGGCCUCUACCCACCAGAAUGCCAGUAGCACCUCAUCCCUCCCCUGAGUUGUGAUGACCAAAAGUAUCUCCAGACAUUGCCAAGUGUCCCCUGGGGAGGGGGCAACUUUGUUUCCAGUUGAGAAUGAGCCUUAGGAGAAAUGAAUCUGCUAGCUCUUUGGCACACAAACAUCCUGUAGUAUAGGCUAAUGAAAUCUUUAGGAUUGAUUGGAAAUUUAAAAGGCAAAUGAUGAGUGAGUUCAGGCAGAGGAACAAGGAACAGUAUGGAUUUUGAAAAAGAACCAUUUUAUACGUCAGGCCUUAUGGAUAGAGAAAUAAAUAAAACAUAGGUCCUGUUCUGGAGGAGCUCACAUUUUAAUGGGAGAGGCCACCACUUGAAAAAUGAGAAAGCCAUGGAGUGAGUGCUUUGUUGGAAAAAAAUGGAAGUUGCUAUGGGACAAUGAGAGCCAGAGAAUGGGCACCCAUCAUAGUGGGCUGCAGGGAAGGCUUUCCAGAAGACAUCACAUUUGAGCUGAAGAAUGAGUAAGACAGCCUGGCAAAGAUAAAGGGAGGAUGGAAGAGACGUAAGAGAAUUGGGGGUUUGGAGGGAAAUGCAAAUCAUUUAGGUUGGCUGGGAGAGGAGUGCUCAAGAACAAGGAGUGGUGGAAGAGAGGGCUUGUCAGACAGAUAAGCAGAUCAUGAAAGUCCCUCUAAGUCACAUGAAAGACUCAAUUCUGAGAACUAUCAAGAGCCAUUGAGUUUCUCCAUUAUGCUUCUUAGAUUUAGGGAAGCUAGCUGCAGUGUGGAAAACAGAUUGGAAGUAAGGCGACCAGUCAGGAGGCUAUUAUUGUAGUCCGGGGAGAGAUGAUUAUAACUUGAGUUAGAGUAGUGGCAGUGGGAAGGAAUUCAAGAUCUAUUUAGGUGAUGAGAGCAGUAGGAUUUGGGGACUAGUUAGGAAUGAGGACAGUUUCUGGCUUGUGGUACUUGUCAUGUUAUUCACUAGUAUGGAAGAGGUUUGGAAAGAAGAUGAAGUUUAAGUUUGGCAAAGUUGAAUUUGAAGUAGUUGUGAUCAUUGAGGUGGGGAUAUCUGGUCAGCAUUAAAUAUAUGAGUUUGAUGAUCAGGAGAAAAUUUAGGGUAGAGAUACAAGAUUGAGAGUCAUCAGGGGAAACUGAAGCUAUGGAAAUGGAUGAGAUUGUCCAAGGAGAAUGUGUAUACUGUAAAGAGAUGAGGGCUCAGCUUAUUCCUAUGGCCUGGUUCUUCACUUCAUUUGUGUCACAUCCUCUGAGAGGCUUUCCUUGACAAAUGUAUGCAAAAUAUCACCCCAUCACUCUAUUCCUUUACCCUGUUUUUAUUUAGUAACUCAUUACUACCCCAUAUUAGGUUAGGUAUAUAACCCAUUAGCUUUUUGGUUACUCUCAGAUAUUUACAAUAGUUUGACUAACAGGCAUUAAAAAGUUCAACCACUCAAAACCAAAAUAUCUAUCUCACAUUCAAUUUAAAGCUUCUGUAGCCUCCAACCUCCAGUGCCGAAGGACUAGAGAUGACACAGAUCUCCAGUGAAGAAAGGUGACUUGGUCUGCUCUUUCACUCUCCUUGCUCCACUUCCUCCCCUACUUGCUCUGCUGCUUGGGCCUCCUCCAGUGUGUGUGGGGGAGGGUAGGUAGAAAGAGGGAGUCUUAAAGGGACAGCCCAAACUUAAUUGACUGUGGCUGGUGUAAUCUGGCUAUCAGUGUCCUUUGUAAUGCCUCAAUACUGCCUUUUUUGUAAUGUGCUUUUGUAAUUUCUUCAGAGACUCCUUCACUCCCCAUCCCCCUAGCGGACCUCAUCUCUGCACCAUUCCUGAUGGGGACAAUGUGUGCUCUGACUGUCCUGCCUGUCUCCCUCCUUGGCUCUUGCCUACACAACUUUCUUCUCAUAGAAUCCUCAUUCUUGCUGCUGGAGUUGCCAGAUACACUCUAAGAAAACUCCCUGGCCCACUGAAAACAUGGUCCCUUGGAAGCCUAGACCUCUUUCUUUGCCCUGCUGCUGUGAACAACUUCAACCAGCCUCCUGCCUUCAGAUUUCUUCAGUUAAUCUCUAGAAUUCUCCUAUAUGGAAUGGAAAUGACUGGUAUGGGCAGAGAAUGUGGGGUCUGAGAAGAAUAAGAAAGACAAUGAAAGAUAGGAGAACCAGGAGACUGCAGUGUUCCAAAAGCCAUAGGAGAGGAGACUUUAAAAAGAAGAAAUGGGCAACAGUGGCAAAAGAAAAUAAAACAGAUACGGCCAUUAACUUUUGUAACAAGGCACCCCUAUCUUUUGCUUUCAUAUCCUGCAUCUGCUAAAGUGCUUCACAUGCAAUGAGUGCUUAGUACAUCUUGACCGGUGGUUCUCAACUGAGGACAUUUGGCAAUAUCUGGAGACAUUUUUGGUCAUCACUACUGACAUCUAGUGAGUAGAGGCCAGAGAUGCCGCUAAACAUCCUACAGUGCACAGGACAGCCCUUCCCUCCCCACUUCCCAUCCCACACCCCUCCUCCCCGGCCAACAACAAAGCAUUAACUGGUCCAAAAGGUCAAUAGUGUAGAGGUGGAUAAACCCUGAUCUUGCCUGAAUAAGAGACUGAAUCUACUUUUUACAUGCUAUGCUUACUGUAGACCACUAGUGCACUACAUUUGCUUUGUCAGGAAGCCUGUUUUUCCUUUUUUUUUUUUAUUAACAAAAGUAAGCUUAUCCAGCCAGACAUGGAGUGUCCUGGAAACCAGAAUUAAGACUUUGGCAACUGAGAUGUACCGGAUCGACAGGAGAAUAGAUAUAUAAGUUAUAAUACUUUUAUGCCUGGAAUGCUCUCUAGCAGUGAAAAUGAAUGAAUUAAAGCUACAGGGAUACAUUUCCUAAGCAUAAUGUUGAGUGAGGAUAGCAAAUUGCAGAAGGUACAUACAGAGUGAUACGACUUAUGUACAGUACUCUAUAUUGUUUAGGGAUAGACAUAUAUGUAGUAAAUGUAGAAAUAUAUACAUGGAAAUGAUCAAGAUCAAAUCCGGGACAGUGAAAACCUCAGGAUCGAGGUGUUACAGAAGGCUUCUAUUGCAUUGACAAUGCCUUAUUUCUUAAGCUCAGUAGUGGGCAUAUUCUUGUUAUAUUAUUUUUAUACAGUUAUAUAUUUUUGAAAUAUUUAAUACUUUUAAAAGAGAAUGAUUGUGCAAUACUGAGGCAUCCUGUUACUUAGGGCUGGGGAAAAUCUCCAUCUUAUUAGUUUGCACUAGCCAGAACUAACAUGGUAAAAAUCAAACAACCCAUUAAAUCCGAUCAUUCAGUAUGGGACAGGAGUUUAUGUAUUCUCCAUAGGAUAAUCAUAAAUUCCUGUUUCCAUUGUUGCAGCUGGUUACUGUCUGGGUUUGCUUGCAUUGGACCCCUCACAAUAUUUGGCAGAAGAAUUAGAGCACAGCAUCCUUGUGGCAAACAAGGAGAAUCAAACAGAAAUGGGCAGCAGUUUGCAGAACAUAGAAUCUGUGUAAACAGGCACUAACUUUGUUUUGCUUCAUCAUUUAUGUUUAUCUCUGUGUGUCUGUAGCUAGUUCAGUGAGACUGUCUUAGAGUAAAUGAGUCAGAUCCCACUUUCUCUUCAAUGAGGUAGACCUUGGAGAGUGAGAAACUGUACGUAUAGAAGGAAGUAAAAACAUUAAAUAAUAUCUGGAAAUUUUGCUGAGGAAUGAGAGGAUUGGACUAAAAAUUUUCUGAAGUCCCUUCUGGCUCAGGGUGUUUCCAGUUCUGCCAAGGACCACCUGUAAAGAAGGACUGGGGAAGUGCUUGGUCUGAGUUCCCACAGGCCAGGUCAGGGAGGGGAACACAUUCAAAGCCCAGGCCUGAGCAGAGGGGGCCCUGAGGGCUGAGUUGGCAAAGCUGGACAGAACAAAAGGACUUCCUUUUUGAAGUGACUUCUUCACACUUCAGGCUGUGGGCGGGGUGUUGAAGGGCGAAAGUAUGGAAGGAAACUCUGGGUAGAGCCUGGGAGCUGAAUUUUACUGUUUUGUCGGCUAGAAUUAAAAUGAUUUUUUCUUUUUCUUUUAAGAUUUUUCAAAAAAAAUUAUAUCAUCAAAACCAUAUUUGCUAAUAAGAAAGUUGAAAAAUACAAAAACAGAGGAGGAAAACAAAAAAUUUGUUUAGUUCCGCCACCCAGAGAUAGCCACUGUUAAUAUUUUGCAUGUUUCUUUCUAGUCUUUUUCCAUGCAUAUCUGCUCAUUUUCACUAAUUGUUGUGAUCAUGUAUUAAUGUUGUAUAUUACUUUCAAACAAUAUUAGAGCAUAAGCAUUUUCCUGUCAUUAUGAACUAUGUGCAAAUAUCAUUUUUAUUGUCUGUAUAAUAUUCCAUUAUAUGACUAUACUGUAAUUUGAUUAACCAUUGAAGCAUUGUGUUUUUUCCUAGUAUUUUAUUAUUCUAAGUAAUACCGGGGUUAACAUCAUUGUACAAAAAGAUUGUGUACAUCUCUGUUUCCUUAGGAAACAUUCAUUCAUUAUACAACUAUUAGGGAGGGCUAACUAUGUGCCAGCUACUAUGCUAGGUGAUAAGUUUCUGCCUUGGGUGGGAUGUUGUCAUUUACUAAGAUAAGAAACACUGGAGGAGGAGCAAAUUUAAGAGAAAAGAUGGUGGGUUCAUCUUUGGAAGUGCUGAGAUUGAGGUGCCUGCAAGAAGUCACAUGGAGAUGUCAAGAAAGCAGAGCUCAGUGAAGAGGUCUAGAUAGAGCUAUAAAAUUACAGUCAUGGCCAUAUAGAUGGUAAUUAAUACCAAAUGAGUGAAAGAUCAGUUAGGGGCAGAGUAUAUGUAGCCUAGUCCUGAGAAUGUCUGGCUUUCCGAGGUUAGAUAGCAGAAGUGGAAUCUACAAAGGAGACUGAAGAGAGGGCAAAGGGGUAGGAGGAAAAACAAAAGAGUAUGGCAUCAUAGAUGCCUCAGGAAAACUUUCAAGGGGGAGGAAAUGGUUAACAGUGUAAAAUGUAGGGGAGAGGUCAAGCAAAAUAAGGAGUGAAAAUGCCUUUAUCUGUCUAUCUACUAUCUAUCUAUUUAUACAGAUUUUUUGAAACGGGGUCAUUGGUUGGGUAUCUUGUUGAGCACAGUUUCAGUGGAGUGUUGGUGGAAGGAAGCCAAAUUGCUGAGUAAGAAGUAAGGGAAUGCAGAUUGCAAAUGUACCUGUAAAGUACAUUUUCAGUAAAUUUGCCCAUAAAGAGGAGCUGGAGAGGUACCUAGUGUGUAGGGAGGAUAUUUUUUUUAAAGAUGGCAGAGACUUGAGCAUAUUUAAUUGCUGAUGACAGAUCAGAGGAACUUGAGUGUGGUUAAUGGCUGAUGCUAAGAAUGGAGGGAGACAGAGGGAGGGAGAGGAAUCUAUAAUUACUGGGUAGAUAUAAACAUUUAAUAGUCUAUUGAUAUAGAUUGCUCACAUACUUUCUAAAAGGGUUUUUAACCAACAUACACUCCUACUACCAAUUAUGAGAAAGCUUGUUUGGUGGCUACUUUAUCAUUAAGUGUUAUAAAAACAAACAAACAAAAACCUUUGCCGAAGAAUUUCAUUAUUCUACUUUGCUCUUCUUUGAUUACUAGUGAGUUGACUGUUUAAACCAGUUGUGUUGGUGUGUGAAUUUAGUCUAUGUCCUUUGCCCAAAACGUUUCUAUUUUAGACAGAGACUUUUAUUUGCCAUAAAAGGCUGAAAGUCAAAGGAUCAGAAUGGUAUCAUAUUUUAUCUUCCCAAAUUAUACGGUCUAGAGUCUUCAUCUUAGAAGUACACAAUUUGACAACUUUUGGCUCAGCGGAGCGGAAAAGAAAGAUGAUGUAUCAUCUGAGAGAGACUCCCAUCCUCAGUCCUCAAGCUCCCUUUGCUAAACUGGGACGGCAUUCCCCCAGUGCCUUAAGGCUCUGGCUCCCAGAGUCCCCCUUGGGGUGGGGCGGCCCCCUACCGAGGAGCCCGGAGCGCCAAGCGGCCCCUUUAAGAGUCCAGCUCCUCCCCGCUCCAGGGAAAGUUGCAGCUUUUUCCGCCUCCCAGGAGGGUGAGAAGAGCCGGCGGCCGGAGCAGGGUUGCGAUCUUCCCGGAGCCCGAGACCCUCCCCUGAAUCUGGCACUGGGACGUCUCGCCCUCUCGUGGUACCUGUUGCAGGUAACAGUACCCUGCCUGCUUCUUCAGGACCAGAGGACCUAGCAUUCCAAAAUACUGCUUUCGACUGGAUUGACCCUGGACCUUGCAACUGUGGUAGCUCUCCUGGUCUGGUAGCUUUGAAGAAAGAAGAGUAGAAGAGAAAAUAGAAUCAUCAUGUCAGAGAUACUUGACCUCUCUUUUCUGUCUGAAGUGGAAAGAGAUUUGAUCCUCAGUGUUCUACAACGGGAUGAGGAUCUCCGGAAAGCAGAGGAGAAGCGGAUUAGGCGACUGAAGAAUGAGUUGUUGGAGAUAAAAAGGAAAGGGGCCAAGAGGGGCAGCCAACACUAUAGCGAUCGGACCUGUGCCCGGUGCCAGGAGAACCUGGGCCGUUUGACUCCCAAGACCAACACUUGUCGGGGUUGUAAUCACUUGGUGUGUCGGGACUGUCGUAUCCAGGAAAGCAGUGGUACCUGGAGGUGUAAGGUGUGCGCCAAGGAAAUAGAGCUAAAGAAGGCAACUGGAGACUGGUUUUAUGACCAGAAAGUGAACCGCUUUGCUUACCGCACAGGCAGUGAGAUAAUCAGGAUGUCCCUGCGUCGCAAACCUGCAGUGAAUAAAAGAGAGACAGUGGGACAGUCCCUCCUUCAUCAGCCACAGAUGGGUGAUAUUUGGCCAGGAAGAAAGAUCAUUCAGGAGCAACAGAAGGAGCCCAGUGUGCCAUUUGAAGUGUCCAAGCUGAAAAGUGGAAAGAGCGCCCUGGAGGCGGAGAGCGAGAGUCUGGAUAGCUACACGGCUGACUCGGAUACCACGUCCAGGAGAGACUCUCUCGAUAAAUCUGGCCUCUUUCCAGAAUGGAAGAAGAUGUCUGCCCCCAAAUCUCAAGUAGAAAAGGAAACUCAGCCUGGGGGUCAAAAUGUGUUAACUGUGGAUGAAGGUGAAAUGAUAUUCAAGAAGAACACCAGAAAAAUCCUCAGGCCUUCAGAAUACACUAAAUCUGUGAUCGAUCUUCGCCCGGAAGAUGUAGGGCGUGAAGAUGGCUCCUUGGGAGACAGAAGCAAAUCUGUCCCAGGCCUCAGUGUGGAUUUGGAAGAGGAAGAGGAGGAAGAAGAAGACAUCGACCACCUGGUGAAGUUACAUCGUCAGAAGCUAGCCAGAAGCAGCAUGCGAAGUGGCUCGUCCAUGAGUACCAUUGGCAGCAUGAUGAGCAUCUAUAGCGAAGCUGGCGAUUUUGGGAACAUCUUCGUGACCGGCAAGGUCGCCUUUUCCCUGAAGUAUGAGCAGCAAACACAGACUCUGGUCAUUCACGUGAAGGAGUGCCACCAGCUGGCCUAUGCUGACGAAGCCAAGAAGCGCUCAAACCCAUAUGUGAAGACUUAUCUUCUACCUGACAAAUCCCGCCAAGGGAAAAGAAAAACCAGCCUCAAGCGGGACACCAUUAAUCCGCUAUAUGAUGAGAUUCUCAAAUAUGAGAUCCCAGAAUCUCUCCUGGCUCAGAGGACAUUGCAGUUCUCAGUUUGGCAUCAUGGUCGUUUCGGGAGAAACACUUUCCUUGGAGAGGCAGAGGUCCAGAUGGAUUCAUGGACGGUUGAUAGGAAAUUGGAUCAUUGCCUCCCUUUACAUGGAAAGAUCAGUGCCGAGUCCCCAGCCGGCCUGCCAUCACACAAAGGCGAGUUGGUGGUUUCGUUGAAAUACAUCCCAGCCUCCAAACUCACUGUUGGAGGUAACCGGAAAAAGAGUAAAGGCGGGGAAGGGGGAGAGCUCCAGGUGUGGAUCAAAGAAGCCAAGAACCUGACGGCCGCCAAAUCAGGAGGGACUUCAGACAGCUUUGUGAAGGGAUACCUGCUUCCCAUGAGGAACAAGGCCAGUAAGCGGAAAACUCCUGUGAUGAAGAAGACCCUGAAUCCCCACUACAACCAUACAUUUGUCUACAAUGGCGUGAGGCUGGAAGAUCUCCAGCACAUGUGCCUGGAGCUGACAGUGUGGGACCGGGAGCCCCUGGCCAGCAAUGACUUCCUGGGAGGGGUCAGGCUGGGUGUUGGCACUGGAAUCAGUAACGGGGAAGUGGUGGACUGGAUGGAUUCGACUGGGGAAGAAGUGAGCCUGUGGCAGAAGAUGCGGCAGUACCCAGGGUCUUGGGCGGAAGGGACUCUGCCACUCCGCUCCUCGAUGGCCAAGCAGAAGCUGGGCUUGUGAGCCCCUGUUCUUCUCUGCAGGUCCAGCCCUGUCCAGGGCAAGUCGGAGGAAGUGAAGAAACCAAGAGCAAAGAUUUAUAAUUUAAUAUGUGUGUGUGUUAUGUAUGUGUGUGUAUAAGUGUGGAUUUCUACAAAUCUCAUCAUACCAGAGUGAGCAGACUUCUCCCCCUUUUUAACGCAAGCUCGAGAAUAAGAAUCUCUUCAAAAUGUUUUUAUUUGUGCAUAAACUAGUAUGUGUUUUCAGAGUCCAAUUUCUUCUAUCUUUAUGAGAUUUAAUUAACUUAUCUUUCAAAACAACUUUUUAUUGCCUUGCUAUCCUGGACACUCCUUCCCUGGGAAGCCCUGACUGCCUUUGGCACUCAUACUGGUCUUGUGUUUUCAAGAUUUGCCUGGUCUGAGGGCAAGGCUCUGGGAAGCAGGGGUGGGUUACCCAGGAAAGAAGAAGAUGGGAGAGAAGUGAGUAGGUCCUUUCUUUCCUCUCCAAUUUAUGCUUUUAACUCCAUUAUUUACCUUGACACAUUUCUGAAACUAGGCUUUUAACUCCUCUUGUUUUUAGCAGUUUCCACCUUGCUUGGGUCUAAUGGCUUUCUUGGAAAUGCUAAGAAAAUGUUUAAGUUGCUUCCAGUUCUGGACACCUUCACUAGACCUUUGGGGGACCCUCAGAAUGGAGCUGCUUUAGAAAAGCACUUUAAUUAGAUAAUGGCCUUUGGACUGGGACGUGGGCAUGCCCAGUAAGGGCUUCUCAGUGGUCCCUGGGGACUGGUGAAUGUCUCCCAGGCUGUGUUGAAUUCACUGCAUUUUAAACUGAUGCAGUGGUUGUUAGCGAGCUCCUAAUUUCUCUAAUGAAAGACAAGACAUCUUCACUCUCACGAACCACACCUACCUUAGCGUUUGUGUCCGCCGUGUGCUACCACACAGAAUGUGGUCUCUAUACUGUCAUGUAGCCAGAAUAACCAUGAUGGUCUAAAACCAGUCCAGUGUUUCUCCAGCCUGGGCACUGUCAGUGCUCCAAGAGAACGUGUUCCGAGACUCUCCUAGUUUUUCUGACUUCCUUCUUGAAGUGGUUUCAGUUCCUAUAUUUUGUAUUGUUCCUAAUCUUGACCUAGGUGUAACCUGGGUGUGGUGGGUUGAGACCUUUCCAAUUUCAGUUUAGUAGUCUAAGGUUCAUUCUCCAAAACUCACUGUUCCAAACUGACCUUUUUAUUUUCACCACUGUAUCAACACAAAGUCAUUUGCAAAAGGAGCCUGUACUGGAGAAAAAGUCGUUUUCAGUAGAGUUGGGUGCUAGUGGACGCUCCUCUAAGGCUACUGGACUGAAGGCAGCCACGGCAGUUUCUGCUGUAUGUGUGAAGCGAAUGGAAGAGUGUUUUAAAAAGGUUUACUUGGUGUGGAUUGAUACUGUAAUGGAAGGCAUAACCUGGGAUCCCAGACUGUCACGUGCCUCUUUGUUCUCCACACCCUGAAAUGUGCAUGUGCUUCAAUAAAGCUUUCUCACUUGCCAAGCCUUUA